GUGCUCCAGCAGCAGGAAAAGUUGGACAAGUUUGUGCGUCCUGAACAUUCUUGGACUUCUCCGACCAAUGUGGCUUCUCGGAUCCCCUUCUCAAGUGAUGAUGGAUGAGCGCAUGUCACCGUCCGCCCGCUCCGUCCAGAGCCCCGGGAACCCGUCCACGGUCCACAGCAUCGAAGCCAUCCUGGGAUUUAGAGAAGAUGCGAUCUUCCACAAGUCCACCUCCUACAACAACAUGACGGACAAGAUGUUGGGCGGUGAUGUGGAGCGAACUGGGAAUGUUAUUGUGACUCCGAGAAGAGACAAGAGUCUGUUUGCAGAAACUUUUGACAAUGUGUGUUGCUCCAGUAGUACAACCACAGAGUCCUCGGUGUGUCCGGACUCACCAGACAGAGAGGCAAAACUGUCCGACGACGAAAACCCCAAGAAGAAACACCGGAGGAACCGGACCACUUCACCACCUUCCAGCUCCACGAGCUUGGAGAGGGCCUUCGAGAAGUCCCCCUACCCGGAUGUGUACAGAGGAGGAGCUGGCCCUGAAGCGUCAACCUGCCGGAGGUCCGAGGUCCAGGAGGUGGAAGCCAUGCCAGUAAGAUUAGACCAAGAACAGACGCUGGUCCAGUAUCCUGGACGCCUUACAGUAUGUGUCCCAUAUUGCACCUUGAGCCUCCCAGAGCCAAAUGCCACUGAUCAGGUGUCUUAA